GAUAUACAGUUUGCGCAAGAGGAAAAUAACUUUACUCUUCGUUUGAUAUUCAAAUAGGUAUUAAAGUAAAUAAAUUUCAGUUAGUGCUUAUACAGAUGCAAUCAGUGCAAUAAAAGUUGUGGCCAAGAAAGGAAAUAAGCUUAUGUGUGUUAUUGAGACACAUUAUCCACUAAUUGAAGAUGGCCGCAAAGGCUUUGACUGUAACACUCUUUCUCCUUUGCUUAGUUCGGAUUAGUCUGGAACAUUCCUUAUUGAAAAGGAGUAUUGACUUAAUCGCAUCCCACAGUUUAAUAGUAGAUUCUAGGUUGCCCAGAGAAAUAGCACCUAACAGUUAUACAAUAGAACUCCACCCCUUUCCCGAAGAAGGCUACUUUAAGGGUAAAGUAAAAAUUAAUUUGACGUGGCACGAACCCGCUAACAAAAUUACACUACACGCACAUGAGGAUUUGGUCAUUGAACAUUCGGAAGUGAAAGUUACGCAGAUCGUUCCUGACGAUGAGAGGCUGAGGUCUUUAACUGCACCUUUUGAGCCAACAGACGUUAAAGUUACAAGGAGCGAAGUGGUUCCAAAGAAACCGUUGUACGUUAUUCACUUGGACAAGCAAUUGAAGACAGGCGCUCAGUGCACAGUGGACAUAACGUAUUCGGGCAAAUUGUACAAUGAUACCAGCGGUGGACUGUUCCGUACCAACUAUAUAAACACUCAUACUGGGCGGAAAGAAUGGCUUGUCGCGUCUCAAUUGCGACCAAACCUAGCAAGGAAGGUGUUCCCUUGCUUCGAUGAGCCGGCGUUUAAAGCUACUUUUCUAGUCAGCAUUGUUCGAAGCAAUUUAGUAAAGUCCUUAUCAAACAUGCCGUUAUCAAAAAGCGAAGAAUUACACAACUGUGAGUUGGUAAGGGACUAUUUUGAAGAGAGCCCUCCAAUGUCAACUUUUACAUUUGGUGUACUGCUGGCUAACUUUGUUUCAAUAACUGUUAACAAAACCGACGGACAAUCUAACCCCGAUACCGAAAUCAAUGUUUGGGCAACUCCCGAUUUCAUAGGAGCAGUGCAAAACGCAACUGAAAAGAUUUACACAUCCUUGAAAGCCUUGGAGAAGCUUUGGGACUUUAAAUUUCCAUUACCAAAAUUGGAUUGUGUCGCGUUACCUAAUUAUCAGGGAACAAGGCCCGCAGAUAACUGGGGGCUAAUUUUCUUCAAGGAGAGCGAAUUGAGUAGUAAAGGCUCUUGGUUGAUUACGCAUGAACUUGUGUAUCAAUGGUUAGGGGCUUUGGCAACUCCAUUCUGGUGGAGUGACGCGCACAUAAAUAACGCUUUAGCUCGAUACAUUACGUCUUAUAUCACUUUACAGGUAAGUGAUGGAAAAGAGACAUUCCACAACUGGCCAAUGACUAUGUUGUAUUCCAUUUACUACGAAUUUAGUAAGCGUUAUCCUCACGGCAAAGUAAUGGCAAUUAAGCAAGACUCCAGCUCGACGAAAACAGAAAUGAUAUUUCGAAUGUUAAACUACACACUUGGAGAGACAACAUUUAACAACGGCUUGAAACGCUUUAUGGCCGAUAGGCAGUACAGAACGUUUUUCGGGGACGAUGUUUGGUCAUCGAUAACAGAGCAAGCUCGUAUUGACGGAAAGUUAGACGAAUCGAUUAGCGCCAAUGAGAUUGCAGGAUCCUGGAUUUCAAGAGAUAGAUUACCUGUACUGAACAUCCAAAGAAGUACCAAUGGAACCAGUGCCACAAUAACUCAGCGCGUUUAUCUAAGAGAACGUCCGCAUGAUGUCCCCGAUCAAGAUAAACUAUUGUGGUGGAUACCUAUCGUCUUAGUCACACAAGACAAGUUAAAUUUCACAAACACCUUCCCCGUAAUGUGGAUGAAGAGGGAGAGGGAGGUUUCACUUUCUGAUCUUCCCAGCGUAGACAAAUUUAUUAUAGUCAAUCCCGAAGAAAUUGGCCCAUUUCCGGUAAAUUACGACGUUGCCAACUGGGACCUUCUCUCCAAAUAUCUGCAAACUGGCGAGAGGAAUAACAUCCCCGUCAAUACAAGGGCGAAAUUAUUGCACGACGCUUGGAACUUGGCUUACGCUGGCGAGCUAAGUUUUAGUACAGCUUUAGAUAUGACGCUGUUUCUCAAAUACGAACGUGAAUAUAUAGCUUGGGAUCCCAUUUUUACUAUGAUUGAUCAUAUUGGAAGGCACAUAGAUGGAUCAAACGUUCACAAAAAAUUCCUGAUGUAUGUCAGGAUGCUGCUUACGCCACUUUAUGAAGAGCUGGGAACCGAAGCACAAGAGGGUGAAAAUGAAGGAAGAGCAAAUCUCAGGAGUUCUGCCAAAGUAUUCCUUUGUCAGGCCGGUUAUAAGCCUUGCAUAGAGGAAGCGCAACACGCCUUUGACAAGUGGAUGGAAGCAGAGAAUCCAGAUGAAGGAAACCCGGUUGCUAAUCAAUAUAUUUGUCCCGUUUUCAAAUGGGGCUCUAAAGAGGAAUGGGAAUUUGGGCUACAACGUGUCAUUAACUUCCCUCCGAGCCGGAAACAAAGUGAAAGAACAUACCUACUAAAAACCUUGGCUGGCUGUCCAAUAGACUCGUGGAAAAUUGAAAAAAUACUAAACAUAACAAUUUUGGAGAAAAACGGGAAUUUCACUGAUAAUGAUAUUUAUUUAAUAUUCAGCAUGCUUACUGGUAGCUCUAGUGGGUACACCACUCUGUUCAACUACUUAACUAAAAAUUGGAACGGACUCAAAAACGCUUUUGAGAAUAAACCUCAGCUGUGGAACAGUCUCAUCACAUCAUCGACUUCGGUGUUCAAAACGCAAGAGGGCUUAGAUAUGGUUACCAAAUUGUACAAAGAGAAACAAAAUGAUUUAGGAACAGCCGACUUUGUGAUUACUAAAGCAAUAAAAAAUAUAAAAGAAGAAGCCAAAUGGAGCAAUGACAAUUUACCGGUCAUUGAAAGCUGGUUGCAAAAGUAUUUAAAUUUAGAGAAAAAUGGAUCCGGCGACGAAGGAAGUAAAUUUUUGUAGAAUUAUGAAUAGUUAGGACGUAUUUAUUCUGUAAUUAGUGGAAAAUAAAAAUUUAGUUUAUA